GAAAAAAGUUGCCAAAUCAAAAUGGUCACCGAGCCGAAGUCCGUUGAGCCCAAGGUCAGCACCAAGGAGGCGCAGUGCCAGUCAUCGGACUGCGAGACUUUCCAGCAGGAGCCGGUCUCGCAAGUAAGCAGCCCGAAGGGCGCCCGUGUGGCGAUCUUCAAUGCCGAGGACUUCUUGUCGCGUGCUCAGAUGAACGACAAAAUCAACAUCUUGCGCUCGCCCACCAAGCCGCCCAACGGGGUGCGCCAGCGCUCCGUCUACACCAACAAACCAUCGCCGCAAGCAAGCUUGCGUGUCGGCAUGACUGGGGGGCAGCUGUCCCAACGCAUGAGCAACAUCUCGCUGUCCUCCGGCACGGACUCCGUGGGCCACAUGGAUCGCGGCAGCAGCUCCAGUCUCGCUAGCAGCGCCACCGUUGGCACCAACACCAUCACCAGCGGCAUUUCCAAGGAGUGCGCCAAUUACCCCGUCGGCAGUCAGUCGGCCCGUCCAUACGUCCAACUGCCGGGCAUACACAUUUCCAACCCUCCCCAGUACGGGCCAGGGAAUAUGCAGGAAAUAGACGCUGGCAAAAUGGCGCACAACGGCAAGGCACUCACAGGGCGCUACAAUGCCACGCCCACCUAUGGCUUCGACAACGAGCAGAACUACUGCCUGAAUUCCCAACAGUUGCACAACUUCGAGCUCGAGAACCACACACCGCCGGCAUGUCCCGGCUCUGGACCCAUUGCCAUGACGAACGGCACCAUCCAGUUGCGCCUCCGCGAUGGCGUGCGCAUUGACAUGACUCUGGACAAGGCGGUGCGCGUGCUCAAUCAGCGCAGCAUGGUGGCAGUUGCUCUAUCACGCAACUGCAGCAACUCGGCUUUGAUCCACCCCAAUGGACGCAUCUUGCAGAGCGGCGCUAAAGUCGAAAUAGUCACCUACGACGGCAUGAAGGGCAAUAACUUUGUUCGCUAUGCCAAGAUGUGGUACAAGGGUGUGAGCUUCACCAGCGAGGCGUGCGCUCUCAUCUACCUGGUGGACACAGCCGGGACGCGCACCACAACCGAAACUUUCACCGAUCUGACCAAGGACUACACCCUGGCAGUGUUCUAUGACGACUCGCGGCAUGGUCCCUCUUAUAUGGCUGAAGCCCAUGACGUGAUUGCCAAUUCAGCUUACACCUGUACCGAGGAUGGCACUGAGAUCUAUGACAUAAACGGAUUUCGCAUCACCCAGGCAGCCGAUGGCCUGGUGAAGGUCACUCGUGUGGACAACAAGUGCUUGAUUCGCACCAGUCCCGGCAAUGGAUCGGCCACUUUGACCACACCUGGCAUCCAUUGCACUGCCUCUCUGGGCAAGACCUCGCAUCUGUUUGUUCGUCGCAAUGAGAAGCGCAUGCACUUCGAUGGAUCCUGUUUCAUUGUACGCAACGCCGGACACUCCGCCGGCUUCAAUGAGAACAACCUGCUCAUUGUCUACUAAGCGGCGUUCGUAGUCCGGAGAUAGAAACGGCGCAGUGGUCGCCCAUCCCACACGCACACACUCACACAUGUCAACACAUU